AUCUGUCCACCAUCCUUCUGUUAUUUACAACUGUUAGGUUCAGCAUCCACACGCCAUACUAUUUAUUUAACCUAAACCUUAUCAAUCUUGCUUCUUAAAGUGUCCCCUACAAUGCGAUUUAGUUACGCGGGAUUUCUAGCUGCCGCCUUAGCUAUAAGCUCGGCAUCAGGACAGUGCACACGCAGUUCAGGACAAUACGGUGCAUGCAGUAGCGAUGGUACCAAAAUUCUGUAUUGCACUGGGUACCAUGGGAGAUUGAUCAAUCAAUGUCCCCAGGGGAGACUUUGUGCUCCAAGGAGCGGGGGUUAUGAUUGUGCGCAGUUUUGAGGGAUCGAUUAAGAGUGUGGAGAAAGAUUGGAUUUGACAAAAUACAAGCUAUCGAGCUAUUGUGCCGGUGCACGGGGUAAAGCCCUGUGCGUGAUUGAGUCUGUGCUCAACCCAGAUCUCGGAGGCUAUAAAAGGGUUCUCAACACCACUCAGCAGACGUGCCAUUAGUCUAGCUAUACUAUCAUUUCAUUGGGAUCAGAGU